UCAAGAUAAGGUAUCAACACGCAGUAGCGCCGCCAGCUCACAAGAUUCAAUGUUUGAAGAUUCAGCUGACGAAACGCAGCUUCACACUAUUGUAUAUGAUAAAGAAGUUGUGCAAUCUCUUCUAGAAGAUUCUAGUGAAUUAAUAGACGUGAAACAGAAGUCAGGAAAUGUCACCAUACCAGAGACACCUAGCGGGAGUGAUGAUUCGGAUUCUGAACCUGAACCUGUGGUACCUGUGAAAAGCAAAGGAAAAAGUAAAGGAAAAAAGAAAUGA